ACCCAGCGCUGGGGGGCUCGAACAGCAGCAGCCGCCAGGGCUGCCCCAAGGCCCCGCAGGCCGCUCCUCCCCCGCUCGCCUCUGACUGGCGUUGUCGCCUCACGCGGCUGCUGCCUGUAUGGACGCUCCGAUUCUGGCACCAGCGCGCCGCGUUGAGCCGGAGUGAAACCCGGCAGCGCUAGGGGGGGAUCCGAGCGUCCACACAGGGAGCGGCGCGGGGACGAGCCCGAACUCCCCUCGCCUUAAGGGACGGCUCGCUCCGGGUCUGUGCGGCCUGGCUGCCGGCAACGGGGACCUCACCCCGCCUGCAGCCCUGUUGGAGAUAGUUUUCUUCAGUGGCAGGGAGCGGGGUAAUGAGGGGAAGGCAGACCCAGCCUGGCCCGGGUAGCCAGAGCUUGACUGUCCGUGGUGAUUAGUAGGGAAACGGGCGGGGUCCUGUGGUGGAAUUAGGCUGCGCAGGUUGAAUGUUGAGGACGAAUGAAGAGCGAUGCACAGAAGAUGGCUAAAGUUUAGCGGUUUGGACUGCACUUAACGAAACCGUGCUUGAAAUAUGCAUUGCAGUCAAAAGAUAUUAUUUUGCUGAGCUCUUUGAAGCGGACAGGCAUGCUUACAUACAUAAAUGUAGCCCUGAAGUUAAAAUGUGAAGUUGUUCUGGAGAAUUAAACUGUCAACAAGACUAGUUCCAGUGGAUGGCCUAAAACCAUGUCCUUGUCUCGUGUUGAAAAUCCUUGUUUUCUGCUCUUCCUAGCUGUCUUUCAAGCAAUAUUUAUCCUGAUUUUGUACCGAGGUGGAGCAUCGAGUGUGUUUCGAGGAUUUUUAGAUGCACCUCAGCCUUGGGAUUACUCAAAAACACAGGAUGUGUAUACAAAUCUCAGCUUGUUCACCCGAGCUCCUAAUGAAGAAACUAUGCCAUAUUGCACAGCCCAGUCACCGAUAUUUGUUGGUCCAUUAACCAUCACCUUUAAUGCAUUCCCCAGUGAAAGAAUGAUAAUAAAAAAAAAUCCCUUUGUUCGGUUUGGAGGCUGUUACAGCCCUCCUCAUUGCCUGGCUCGCUACAAAUCAGCCAUCAUUGUACCAUACAAGAACCAGGAGAAGCACCUGCGACACCUUCUCUAUUAUCUUCAUCCCUUCCUACAGCGCCAACAGCUUCACUAUGGCAUCUACUUGAUUCACCAGGCUGGGAAUGCUACUUUUAACCGAGCCAAGCUCCUUAAUGUUGGUAUCCGGGAAGCCAUGAAAGAUGAAGACUGGGACUGUCUGCUCCUGCAUGACGUGGACCUAAUUCCUGAAAAUGAUUAUAACCUCUACGUUUGUGAUGAAUACUACCCCAAACACAUUGCCAGUGCCAUAGACAAAUUCCAGUACAGUUUGCCAUAUUGGUCCUUUUUUGGAGGUGUCUCUGCUUUGACUCCAGAGCAUUACAUGAAGAUAAAUGGGUUUCCAAACACCUACUGGGGCAGUCGUGGUGAAGACGAUGACAUUGCUGCAAGGAUUCAGUUAGCAGGAAUGAAAAUAGUCAGGACCCCUAUUCAUCUUGGACGCUACAAAAUGGUGGAUCUUGAGCAACACAAAGGGAAUGAAGAGUACCCAAUAAGGUAUUCUCCUCCCUUCAGGCCUGCUCCACUGCAUAACACCAAAAAAACAUGGAAGGAUGAUGGAAUGAAUUCUGUAGAGUUCAAACUCCUUUCAAGAAAGAAGCACCUUCUUUAUACCAACAUCACUGUGGACAUUGGGAAUGCUCCCACGCUGCCUCCAGAGGGGAAAAAACAAUGAGAAGAGAGCUUGAGUAUUGGUGCAGCACCUGGAAAUUGUACAGCACAGGAGGUGCCAGCCUAUUGUUAAUCAGGAAUCGGAGGUCUACAACGAUUGAGGAAUUAUUUCCUGCUGUGGGCUUCACCUUUCCUCCAAACGUGCAAGGGUUAAAAGAGAAGUCUUCAGGAAUGAGGCAUGACAGCUAUUAGACUGGAUUCAGUUUAUUGUAGAGAAUCCCUUUUUAAGCACUGUAAAAUGUGAUGCUUACUGAGCCCUUUACACACCCCCACCCACCCACCUCUGUUGCAGCCUUGAGGAGUACAUCCUUAUUCAUCACCAGGCAAAUCCAUUCCAAGCUGCUACUCUUAAAUCAGUAUCACCCAUUAGCUGGAUAGUUAGUUGAAUGCCAGCUAGGUAACCUAGUAUUUUAAAAUGAUAAUUGGGUUAAAGCCACUCUGAGGAGGUCUUUCAUGUUUUGUUUGAAAGAAACCUCAGUCCUAUCUCACUGGUAAAGAGAUUCUCUAGUUGCAGUCUUUCUUGAAAUAAGUUUUUUCUUUAGUGUUAAAUAUUUCCCUUUCCAACUGUUACUUUUUUUUGUAAAUAUUCUUCAGGAAGUUUAAAUAUAAGAUUUUGAAAGUUAGCCCUCUUAUGGUUCCUGUUUUAUGUGAUCACUUGCAAUGUACAUGAACUCCACAGGAAGUCUAGCGGCUUGGUAUAGCAAAGUCUUGUCUAGUCAUAAGUAGAGCAGGAACCUGAGUAUUGGCCUCCUGCAUAACUUUUUUUUUGUGUGUGUGUCUGCCAGUGUUGAUCUAAUUUAUAAGCUAUUCACUUAGAACACUACUAAAAAAACUCAGCAUGGGACUGGUAGAAAUAACACUCCAUGUAUCUAUAAGAGCUAGAAAAGGGUUACUUUAAAUAUAAGUUACCAGUCUCCCCUCAGCUGCAGGAAUUGGUAGGACCCUACCAAAUUCAUGGUGUAUUUUGGUCAUUUUCAGAGUCAUGAGAUUUUUAAAACUGUAAAUUUCAUGGAGUUGUGGGGCAGUCACAAGGUUAUGUAAGGGGGGGUUGCAGAACUGCCAACCUUACUUCUGCACUGCUGUU